GCAAAGAGGAGUGAGUGUGGGGGAGUGUGGGUUCUGUACUGUCUUAAGCCUGUCCCCCCACCCAACACACACAUACACAAUCUCUCUCUCUAUCCCUCUCUUUCUCUCUUUUCUCUCUUUAUCUCUCUAUCUCUAUGACUCUUAACAGUCUAAAUCCAAAAGCCACUACCACAUUGGCUUUUCUUGCCUUUUGUUUAUGUGCUUCCUAUGCAAUUGUCUAUGUCUGCUCCUUCUGCUCCCUCUUCUGAGUACCUGCAAAUGGGGGUGGAAUCAUACGUUGAAUUUCUUGUUAUUAUUUAAUAUUCUUCUCUCUUCCUUCUUUUCUUAUCUUUAAAUCCUGUCUGGGUACACCCUUCUCAACAUGACUUUCUUGUUCUUUUCUGUUCAUCCACUUCCACUCUCCCCUUCUUUUGCCCCCUCCUAAAUAUGAAUUCUUUCUCAUAAAUUAACCUCCUUUCCCUGCUAUUUAUGCUAUCCACUUUCUGGGGUUUCCUUUUUUCAAUUCCACUUGCUCACACACUCUUUCCCUCCCUUCAAGCUCUGAAUUUUUCUGCUGGGGUGUUUUGCUUGUUGCUUCUUUCUACUUUUGGCUUCCAUUUUAGUCUCUCAAGAGCCUACACCACCAGGUGUUCAUGGAAUUUGAUCUGAACCAUGAAGUCACUGAGGUUGAGAAGAAUGCAUUCUGUGACAGGGAAUGUGAGAAAGAUGCUGGUGUUACUUGCUGGUCCUCUUCCACUUCUUCAUCUUCUAGUUCCUCUUCAGCUCGUGUGUCCUCUUCUUACCUUGAGCUUUGGCAUGCUUGUGCUGGCCCUCUCACUUCUCUUCCCAAGAAAGGAAAUGUGGUGGUCUAUUUUCCACAAGGUCACUUAGAACAGGUUGCCUCUUUCUCUCCUUUCACACCAAUGGAGAUUCCCUCUUAUGAUCUUCAGCCACAGAUCUUUUGCAGGGUUGUCAAUGUCCAGCUACUUGCCAACAAGGAGAAUGAUGAGGUUUAUACACAGGUUACUUUGCUUCCUCAGCCCGAGUUGGAAGGAAUGAAUUCAGAGGGCAAAGAACUUGAGGAAUUUGGAGCAGAAGAAGAGGGAGAUGAAAGAUCACCAACUAAAUCAACCCCUCACAUGUUCUGCAAAACACUAACUGCCUCGGAUACCAGCACACAUGGGGGCUUCUCUGUUCCUCGUAGAGCUGCUGAAGACUGUUUUCCUCCUUUGGAUUAUAAGCAGCAGAGGCCUUCACAAGAGCUUGUUGCCAAAGACCUGCAUGGUGUGGAGUGGAAGUUUCGUCACAUUUACCGAGGUCAGCCAAGGCGGCAUCUACUCACUACUGGCUGGAGUAUUUUUGUAAGCCAAAAGAAUCUUGUUUCUGGUGAUGCAGUGCUCUUUCUAAGGGGUGAAAAUGGUGAACUUAGGUUGGGAAUCAGAAGAGCUGUUCGACCUAGAAAUGAUCUUCCUGAAUCAGUUAUUGGUAGCCAGAACUGCUACCCCAAUGUCCUUUCUUCCGUGGCAAAUGCAGUAUCCACCAAAAGCAAGUUUCAUGUUUUCUACAGUCCAAGGGCAAGUCAUGCAGACUUUGUUGUUCCAUAUCAAAGAUAUGUCAAAAGCAUCAAGAAUCCAGUGAGCAUUGGGGCAAGAUUCAAAAUGAGACUCGAAAUGGAUGAAUCUCAAGAAAGAAGGUGUAAUAGUGGCACAUUGAUUGCAACUAGUGAUUUGGAUCCUUACAGAUGGCCAAAAUCAAAAUGGAGGUGCUUGAUGGUCAGAUGGGAUGAAGAUAUUGAGACUAAUCAUCAAGACCGAAUAUCUCCAUGGGAGAUUGAUCCUUCUGCUCCUCUGCCCCCCUUGAGCAUUCAGUCUUCCCCAAGACUGAAGAAACUGCGGACAGGUCUACAGGUUGCCUCACCUAGUCAACUCAUCACUGCACGAGGCAGUGGGUUGGUGGGAUUUGAGGAGUCUGUAAGAUCACCUAAGGUCUUGCAAGGUCAAGAAAAUGCUGGUUUUAUGUCACUCUACUACGGAUGUGACACGGUAACCAAGCCGCUAGGUUUUGAGAUGAGUUCUCCGAGUCAUCCAAAUCUUGGAUCAGCUGAAGUAAGAAAGGUUACCUCUUCUGAGCUUAGUGGUGUUCACCCUUUCAGUUAUGCAGGCUUUGUGGAAACUAACAGGUUUCCGAGGGUCUUGCAAGGUCAAGAAAUAUGUCCAUUGAAAUCCCUGACAGGAAAGGUUGAUUUGAAUCUUGGUGCUUGGGGAAUGCCCAAUCUGGGUUUCAAUCUCCACCAAGCAACCAAACCCAAUUUUCAACCUACAUUGUUCCCUUAUGGGGACAUUCACCAAGCUGGUCAAGCUAGUUUCUUUGGCUCAAAAUCCACCACUUUCCAAAGAGAGAGUGUCCCAUUUAAUAAACCACCAUCCACUCAGGCAGGAAUCAUUGUAAAUGAAGUUAGAAGACCAGAACUCCCAAAUGAGCAUAAGCUGCAGGACAAUCUUUCUGCUGCUGCUGCAUUAGGGGCUGCAAAUAUGGGGGUUCCUAAUGAGAAUAACGUCCAGGGAAAAGUAAAUGCCUGCAAACUAUUCGGGUUUUCUUUGUCUGGGGAAACCACUGCACAAAAUUUACAGAACUCUGCUAAAAGGAGCUGCACAAAGGUUCACAAGCAAGGCAGCUUAGUUGGAAGAGCUAUUGAUCUUUCAAGACUGAGCAGCUACAAUGAUCUGCUGAGUGAACUAGAGAGACUAUUUGGCAUGGAAGGCCUUCUAAAAGAUCCUGAUAAUGGAUGGAGGAUCCUCUACACUGAUAGUGAGAAUGACAUAAUGGUUGUGGGGGAUGAUCCAUGGCAUGAGUUUUGUGAUGUGGUGACCAAGAUCCAUAUAUAUACCCAAGAAGAGGUGGAAAAGAUGACAAUUGGGAUGAUCAGCGAUGACACUCAUAGCUGUUUGGAAGAGGCACCAAUCAUUACGGAGGCUUCAAAGUCUUCCUCUGUGGGUCAGCCAGAUUAUUCUCCAACAGCAGUUAGAGUCUAAGUUUCAGGGUUUUCUUAGACAUUUAUUGUGCUGGUCCUGUCUCUGUACAAGAUUAAUCUACAUAUGUUUUUAUGAUGUGUUUGGUUACUACCAUUUGAGCUUGUAGGCCCAGCAAAAAUUGCAUGGUCAGCGCUAGAAAGACUGACAAUUAAGUGCACUGAAAGUAGCUAAAUAAGGGCCAGUCUUGCAUCAUAAAAUAAGCCAUUAUGGCUUGAGUUACGUACUCUGGAAUAAUGGUGAUGGUGAUGGUUUCCAAAUCUUCCA